GCUGUAGAACUCACUGCUGUGAAAUACAGUCCUGUUGAAAUUCGCCGUUGUGGAAAUACUCCGUCGUCAGAACUCCUGUCCUAGUUAUCACUGUCGUAGUUAUCUCCGUAUGUACGAAGAUCACGGCCCGGGUUCAAAUGCUAUGCGAGUGCCAAAGUCCCACGAAAUGCUCGAUGAUUUUGCAAAGCUCAGAAAUUACCAAGAUCUCAGAUGCAGAAGCCACGGAAUCGCCCGGUAUAUAUAAAUCCUGAAUAUCCAAAAGAACGACGGCGGGCAGGCGCAUGGCCUGAGCAAUAUAUAACCAGUACAUGCCGUUCAAUGAUGGUGGGCCUGCAGGCAGCCCGAUGGCGACGGUCAGACGUGGCGCACCAAUGUCAACAAGCAGGGCCCAGAAAACAGCCCCGCCACGUUUCGGGGGUCACGUGCGGUUCCGGGGCCACGCCUGUCAAAACCCGCUUAUCAUCCAAACGCAGCCCCCACGACCUGCCAAGAUACCAGCAUUUCAUACAUGUUGUUACUUGUAGGCCAGCUCCAGGUACUGCACACACGGGCAUGUUGAUCCGCGGCCGUGCGGCUUCUAUCGCUGGUGGCGUGGCCGAGGCGCACGGAGUUAUCACUUUUCUCAUUCUCGGCCCGGAACACGCAAACAAGACACGCUGACUUUUUUUUCUCUUUUCCGGCGCUUGCCGUGUCACAGUGGCCCAUGGCAUUAUACACACGUUCUUUUUUUGCGUUUUAAGCCCUGCGUUCCGGAGAUUGGCGGGAAGAAAGACGGGCCCUUCGGGCGCCUGUUUUUGUCCCUGGCGCCGG